UUUAAGAACUUGGGCGGUUGGGCAAAAUUGCAGGUUCCCGAUGGUGUUGAAGAAGCGAAGGAUGCUUCCAUUACGGAUAUCUAUUCCUUUUACUUCUCGGGCGUGUGAUGUCUUCCUAAGUUGCGAGUAUGAAGACACCUUCUCCUCCCACUUGUACCACAAAUUGCAGUCUCGAGGAAUUAGUACUUUCCAGGAUGGCCAACAAUUGCAAAGAAACACAACUCCUCUUGAGCUCUUUGGUGCGAUCGAAGAAUCGAAAUUUGCCAUUGUUGUUCUCUCGCAAAACUAUGCUUCUUCGCCCAGGCGCUUGAAUGAACUUUCAAAAAUUCUAGAGUGCAUGAAAGAUAGGAACAGGAUUCUGCCGGUAUUUCGUGAUGUUAAUCUGUUCCAUGUCCAAAAACAGAAAGGGGCUUUUGAGAAAGCAUUUGAAAAGCAUGAAGAAAGGUUUCAGGAUGACUUGGAAAAGGUUCAAGCCUGGAGAGAUGCUUUAACCCAAGUGUGCAAUUUUGCUGGAUGGACUACCAAUGAUAGGAAUGAAGUACAGGUUAUAGAAGAAAUUACUGAAGCACUGUGGAACAAACUACAUUCUAGAAUCAGUCCAACGGAAAAACUGCAGCCGACAUCCACACACAACUUGGUCGCAUUUACUAGCAUUAGUGUUAAUGAGGACUACCGUGACCAUAACCAUCCAAUACACAUUACAGAUGUGACGGCUACUUCAGUAGAGUGGAACUUUUUGAUCACUAACCUUGGCCUAGAGAUUUUGUCAGCUGCUUUUGAUCAGGCUUCCUCCUCAAGGAAGCCACACUAUGCACUAUUUGGUAUGCUGUUUUCUAUUGCAGCCUUGUUCACUUGCAUUUGGGAGCUCAUUUACAAGGGCAUAAAGAAUAGAGUAGUAUUGAAGAAGUUCGGAAAGCUCUGGUGGUUUUAUUAUCCACAUCCCCACAAUAGCAUGCCUUUCGGUACUCUCCCUGAGAUUUAUGGAUUAAUUGGAAGCAUCGCUCAGUGCAUAUGCUCUAUAACUCAAUACAUUUACUUCUCUUGGCACGCUGAUAGUCCCAUAAAACUAUCACUUUUACCAGCAAUCUUUCUUUUCUGUUUGGCUGGUUCAAGACUAAAUAAGAAUCAAAACCAUUGUUGAUCAGACUAUUGUAAGUAGAUGCCAACACAAAGAGUACGUAAUUGUGAUUGAAUGAACCUUUGUGAUGGUUCUUUGAGAACAACUGAUGAGGUAGAUACGGGCAUAUAUUAAUUUGUAUCCAGCUGCUGCGUAUUUCAGUUUAUGUUUGUAGCCUAAAUGAGUUUUACACAAUUAGUAUCAAGCAACUAUAGCACACCAGCCUAAUGAUGAUAGCCUUAUGAUUAUAUACAUGAUUUGUUCUACUGUAUUAUGCUAGAAAAUACAAAAAGUUUUUGCCAUAUGGACUGACGUGAUGAUUGGGUUUUAUGAUCUAACCAGUUGCAAAAGAACUCACAGUUGGAUCAUUGGAAAGUACUAUUAAGGAUUACAGUUCCUUUUCUUUCACAUAACCAUUUAAUUAAGAAAGGGUUGGCUGGUGGCUGGAGUGGAGGUCGUUGGCCAUGGAUAUCAGUAAGAUUAUCUUCUGGUUUGUAUUCACCCGAGAUAAAUUGCCAAUGUUUCCAAAUUAGUCCAACUUCAUGCCUUUCCGGCAUAAACCAUAUAUCUCAGAGAGGUCGUUCUUCUUUGAGUUGGUAGUAUGGAAUGGUUUCAUUCAUUUUUGUUAUAAGAUUUAUGGUGGUCUUUUCCUCCUGGCUUAUAUAUUUGACAUGGAAGAAAUUUAUACCAAAGGAAGCUUCAGCUUUCUUUUGCAAAAAUUAACUGCAGGAAAUGUGAACUAAAAUUGAAGUGUGUAUCACUACAGUUACUUGGUUUCCAUUAUGUUUUGGAGGCUCUACUAUUGGCUUUGCUUGUUCUUGCAACUAGAGUACUACUCCAAAUUUGCCCAUAUAUAUCAUGUCAGACAACCGUUAGACUCCAAACAUUCAAGAAACGUGUUAACAAAGCAGAUUAAUGUUUUGAGUCUUUGAAGGUAGAGAUGGCAUAUUUUGAUGUAUUUAUAGCGGUUAUAGAUUGACAUUAUGUACACCUUCCAUAAUCUUUUGUUAAAGCAUGCAUAUCUAUAUAGAUGUCAUUUGCAUCUCAUCAACAAUUCUUGCAACAGUGGAGCAAAUUGGCAGAUGAUUUGGUUACUGUUAACUGAUAUGCAACCUUGAUUUCUUAUAGACAAUGUCUAAGGGGCAUUCAAUUCUUAGUUGCCUUCUGCUCGUAGCUGUUAAUUUCAUUCUUUAAUAUUUAAGAAAGAUGAAAGUUCUUGCUUUGUCUUUCUUGUAUUUGCGGUUUUGCACACCAAGUGAAUGAACCCUAGAUUUCGAGUUUGGCAAGACUGAUUCCAGGCACAUAUUUUAUCUGUUACCAAAUCCAACAAAGCUAACAGGCUUUAGCUAGGGAUUCCGGUAUUUCAUUCAAUUAUUAUUUCCCAAUGAAAUAGUUUCAGGACACAAAAACUAUUGCUGAUUGCUGAUAUAUGCAGAACUUCUACCAAACCAUAUAAUAUUGGCUUGGAAAAUGACUUGGAAACCACAUGGUCAAACUUCGUGGAGUAUAUAUAGCACCAAAAAGAAAAAAAACUAGGUACAGUAAACACAACUCCUCUUGAGCUCUUUUGUGCAAUCGAAGAACUGAGGUUUGCCGUAAUUGUUCUCUUGCAAAACUAUGCUUCUUCACCCCGGCGCUUGAAUAAACUUUCAAAAAUUCUUGAGUGCAUGAAAGAUAGGAACAGGAUUCUGCCAAUAUUUCAUGAUGUUAAUCUGUUCCAUGUCCAAAAACAAAGAGGGACUUUUGAGAAAGCAUUUGACAAGCAUGAAGAAAGGUUUCAGGAUUAUUUGGAAAAGGUUCAAGCCUGGAGAGAUGCUUUAACCAAAGUGUGCAAUUUUGCUGGAUGGACUUCCAAUGAUAGGAAUGAAGUACAGGUUAUAGAAGAAAUUGCUGAAGCACUGUGGAACAAACUACAUUCUAGACUCAGUCCAAUGGAAAAACUGCCUCCAACAUCUAUACACAACUUGGUCGCAUUCACUAGCAUUAGUGUUAAUGAGGACUACCGUGACCAUAACCAUCCAAUACACAUUACAGAUAUGACGGCUACUUCAGUAGAGUGGAACUUUUUGAUCACUAACCUUGGCCUAGAGAUUUUGUCAGCUGCUUUUGAUUAGGCUUCCUCCUCAAGUAAGCCACGUACACUAUGCAGUAUUUGGUAUGCAGUUUUCUAUUGCAGCCUUGUUCACUUGGAUUUGGGAGCUCAUUGCAUAAAGAAUAGAUUAGUAUUGAAGAAGUUCGGAAAGCUCUGGUGGUAUUAUUAUCCACAUCCCCACAAUAGCAUGCCUUUUGGUACUCUCCCUGACAUUUUCGGAUUAAUUGAGGCAUCACUCAGUGCAUAUGCUCCACAACUCAAUACAUUUACUUCUCUUGGCAUGCUGAUAGUCCCAUAAAACCAUCCCUUUUACCUGCCAUCUUUCUUUUGUGUUUGGCUGGUUCAAGACUAAUCAGCAAUCAAAGACAUCAUUGAUCAGAGUCAUCAGGGUAUUGAGUUUGUCAAGAUUAAUUCCAGGGCACUACCAAAUCCAACAAGCUAAAAGGCUUUAGGGUUUAUUCAAUUAUCGUUCCCCAUUGAUAUAGUUUCAGGAAAAACCUAACGCUGAUUGCUGACAGAUGAAAUCACACCAAACCACAUAUGAUACAUUGGCUUGGAAAAUGACUUGGAAACUACAUGGUAAAAACUUGGUGCAGUAGUUAUUACUAGUAAAUAUUGGCUUUUGUACCUGGGUUUAUUAGGGAACAGAAGCAAUACAAGGCAUGCUGUUACACUUAACUGAUGAUCAUGUCAAUAUUUAUAGUCAUGUAAAUUAAUACUGACAAUAAUAUUAAGGGAGCUUCUA